AUGUCUCAAGGGACUCCGCCGGCCGGCCCCGGUGGGCCGGUCGUGUCGGUGGCGAAUAUUCGGGGAUUGGGGAGAAACGAUCCUGGUUUGUUUAAAAUGAGUGGGGAGAUAUUUGGUUGGAAGAACAGAAGAAACGGAAAGGUUUAUCAGUACAAAAGUUCAGAUGUUGCAGACGCCCAGUGGAUACACUGCGGCGCAGACCACUACCAGCUCAAGAUUGUUCUUGGCCCCCAUAGGAAUGACAGCAUCGUCAUGUUCGAUGGAUUUCACAAGAAGAACUAUGAAGACAUUCGGCGCCAUUUUUUAGACCAUUUUAAAUUGAAUUUAACUUCGAAGAGCAUCGCGCACUUGGGAUGGCACUGGGGUGACGUCUCUAUGGACGGGAACAACUUAAAUGUUUCCGUAAACGGCUGUCCCGCAUUUGAAGUCAAUGCACAGGACAUUGUGCAAGUCACAACCCCUUCAAAGAACGACUUGGCUAUUGAACUGGUUCAAGAUGACACCCGAGAUCAAACGGAAGACAUGCUUCUUGAGAUACGCCUCUUUCAGCCUGCUGCAGGCGACGACGAAACCGACAGCCACCUGCAAAGUCUGAAGGAGAAGCUUGUGAAGAAGAGUGGAGUGGCAGAGACAAAGAUGGAAAGUAUUGCCCUUUUGAAUGACGUCCCGCUUUUGGUGCCGAGAGGAAGAUAUGAAAUUGACAUCGGCAGAAGAGCGCUCAAGUUUCACGGAAAGUCUUACGAUUACACGAUUCUAUACACAAACAUCAACAGGAUGUUUCUGGUACCUCGUCCGAACUCUCCGCACGUAAAUUUCAUAUUGUCUUUGGACAACGCGAUGCGCCAGGGCCAAACUUCUUACCCGUUUGUCGUCAUGCAGUUUGACAGCGAAAAUGUCACUUCCGUUGAAGUCAAUCUUGAAGAGGCAGAGCUUAAAGAAAAAGGGCUGGAGAAACAACUCGAAGGCAAAACGUUCGACGUGAUAACUCGCAUUCUGAAAUCUCUCAUUGGAAAAAGCGUUAUUGUUCCUGGAGACUUUAAAAGUGUCAAAAACCAAUACGGGAUUACCUGCAGCUAUAGAGCCCAGAGCGGUCAUCUGUACCCUCUCAAUCGUUCUUUCUUAUUCAUAGUCAAGCCCGUUAUUUUUGUUAGGAUGCUGGCCAUGAGGCUUCACGUGCACGUAUCUGAUGCAUGUUUCAACUAUGUACCUUUGCGCAAGAAUACUGAGAAACGGGGCCUUGCUGAGCUGAAGAGCCGGCAAUUUGAAGAUGUGGUGAGCGUGGAAUUCAGCCGAACUGGCGCAAGUACCACCAACCGUUUCUUCGCGUUUACGGUAUCUUGCCGAGGUGGAGUUGAGCAUGAAUUUACUUCAAUUGACCGCAACGAGUACACCCCCUUAGUGGAAUUUUUGACACAGAGGGGAAUCCGCAUUAAGAAUGUCGAGAAUUCAAAUGCUCAGCGGACAGGUGGACUGCAAGAAGAAGAAAUACAAACUGACGAAGAUGAUGAUGAUUACGGCGGAGAGGAGUCCGAAACAGAUGAAGAUUUUGAAGACGAAGACGAUGAUGAGGAAAGCGAAGCGAGUGCUGCAGACUCGAACGAUGAAGACAAGAAGGAGAAGGAGAAAAAACGAAAGCACAAACACAAGAAGGACAAAAAGGAGAAGAAGAAACAUAAGAAGUGA